GAAGUCGCGUCUUUGAUUCCGGUUUGAAAACAGAAAACAAACCGGUUGGCGGUAAAGAUGGAGGCGGCGGAGGGAGAGGAGCUCAGAGUCCCGGUGACGGCGAAGACACAAGUGACGGAGCAGGUGAAUAAAUAUAAAGACAUUUUAAAAACUGCGCUGACCGGACAGACGAACGUUCCCGAGGAGACGAGGCGGGUUCUCCUGCAGGAGCUGCUGAUGAACUUCGAAGCUGCUGUUCAGGACAACGUGUUGGUGAAUGGAAAACCUUGGGAGGAGGCACCUGAUGCUGAGGAGGAUGAGUCGGCUGAUCUGGAAAGCCUCCUGGAUGACACCAUUGUUGAGACCACCAGGAGGCGCCGUACUUACCCCAGACAGAUCCUGCCGCAUGUGGUCCAUUCCCUCAAGGCUGAGCGUAAAGUCAUGGGGCUUUAUGAACCAGCAGUCAAACCUCAAGAGGUGGCCAGAGACCCUGAUCAAGAGAACAUCAUGACUGAUUUGUCUGCAGCUGCUCCUGAGAUGGUGAAACAGGCCAUCCAGGUUAUAAAGUCGAUCAGCACUCUGCAGAAACAAGCCGAAGGCCUCCGAGAGGUCCUCAACAUGAAGCCGAGUCACACCACCCUGGAGAUCCAUAGAGAAGUGUUCAGCUGCAACGGCCAAUCUGACGCUCCGAUGCCGGGCACGGCUGCGAGGAACAGGCUGCCGAUCAAGCGAGCCGUAGAUGAAGCGGCGGCCUCAGAAUGCUACGUGCCUCUCUCCAAGAAACUAGGUCACCCUGUGGGAGAGGGUGAACCAGAGAUCUGAACAUUUAAAUUUGCCCUUCUGUCUCAAACGAGUCGGUUUAUCUUCAUCUUAAGAUCUUUACUGUUAAUGUAAACUCUUUUUUUUAAACCUGUGCUGUGUCUUUUUAAUUUUAAAGGAAAAGGCUGUUAAUAUUUUAUAUUUGUCAUUUUUCUCCAUUAAAUAUCUAAAACCAA